CUCACUCCUCACCCUUCCCUUCUUGUUUCUCGCUCUUUCAACCAUCAUAAAAUUUAACAAGAGAAGUUUAUCUUAAUCUAUGUGAUGUUUUGUGCAAUGCUAAUGGGAAAUCACCUUUGCUAUUGUUUAUAAUCUAUUAAAGGGCUGUUAGAAAGAAAGUGGAGGGUGUCCUUUCCUUGAUAUAAUGACCGUACUUCACUUGUUAAGAACCCAUAUAACACCAGUCAAGUAGCUAGGCGUCACCCCUCAUUUCCCCAAUCCGACCUUAUAAAACUUCACAAUCUCUCUUCUCUCUCACGAUUGUAGAGCACUUGACUAAAAGGCAUAGUAGCAGACAAGCUGCUGAACUGUUUCAUUUCAUCUUAGUUUUCAUCUCACAAGAAACAUCAUGAGCUCUAGUCAUUUGUGGAUUUUUCAGCUGGUGAUGCUCCUAAUUCUAUUCUGUGAUCUUGAAAUGCAUGCAGAAUCGUCCAAGAAAUUUCUGAAUUCAACUUGUGGUGAUAACUGCCAGUUAACAAGAGUUGACACGAGACCACAGCAGGCAUUUUCAAGUCAAAGAAAGCUUUUGGUGCGAGGUAGUUGCACUGACAGAGAUAUAAGCAUCUCGCAAAGUAAGGAUUCCACAUCUGGGAUCCCACAAUACAUAGUGCAGAUUGUCAACACCUGUGUUUCUGGUUGUGCUCCCUCAGACAUCCAUCUCCACUGCGGUUGGUUUGCCUCUGCAAGAAUAGUAAUCCCGAGAACUUUCAAGAGGGUCUCUUAUGAUGAUUGCUUGGUGAAUGGAGGAAAACCUUUGAAGACCAACCAAGGCAUCAGAUUCACUUACUCCAACUCCUUCAUGUACCCUCUUUCACUAAAGUCUGCUAAGUUCUGCUGAGCUCUACCGGUGAAGAAAUUCUGUACAAAAGAGGUAAUGUAGUAGGAUUGUAGGUAAUAUCGCCAUGACUGAGAUAUCCAAACCAGACCAGAAGCCAUACCCAAUCAAAAGCACAAAAUCCAGGCGGCUAAGAAGAAGAAAAAGCAUGCAUGGGUCUCAUCUUUCCUACGGCCUAGUAUGUAGCUCAUCGAACAUAUGGAUUCCCUCUUGGGACUUGCUACUCACUUUUGACUUUUGUAGCUAUGGUUAACGUAGCGAGUCAUGUAAUUUUGUCAUCCCCAAAAGGCUAAAGAAUUUCAUUGUUCUGGAAUUAAAAUACUUUUCGUGUCAAAA